CGCACGCGCCGCCCCCAGCCCGCACCAUGGCGGCGCUGGGCCGCCGCGCCCGGGACUGGCUUUACGCGCUGAUUCUUCUCACCAUUGUAUUACUUUCAUGGGGAUAUGUUAUUUAUGCAACAACAAUAGCAGCUCGGUGGCAACUUGAGAAGGACUACCCCGAUCAAAUGUUGAAUUUUUAAAGGAAACUGCAGCUGGAUUUUCAAACCUGAACACAUGUAAAACCAAAUUUGAGGACGGAAAAGAUUUCCAGAUUAACAGUUUAAGUUGUGACCUGACCACAAAAUUUAAGUUUAACAGUGGCAGAAGGCUUCAAGGAAAAAAAAAAAUCAAGCUUCCUGCACAAUUAAAAGGAUCAACUGAAAUACAAGCAAUGCAUGUUGUGUGACACUGAGUUUUCUUAACAAACAAACAAAAAAUGAGCACCAGACUAAGAAGCAGCCAAGGAAGAAUUGUACACCAAGUGUAUGUUCAGUUGGUUUGCAGAAUGUCGUCUUCUUUACAGACAAUGUCUUUGCUAAAGAUUUUGUAAUGUUUAAAAUAUGGUACACAUGUUUAAGUCCAGCAGUAUGGCAGUAAGUAACACUAAGGGUGAUUCAACAUUUUCCUUCAGUUCAUAUUAGUAGUAUUUGGCCCUCAAAAUGGUUUUAUUCAGCCAUUGUCAGUAACAACUUAUCCAUAGCAACUCUUUCCUCUUAAAUUUGAUUGUGGUAAAGUUUUUCAUUGAUGGAUUAAGCAAGUGUAACUGCAGCAGCCUCAAACGAGUUGCGUUUAGAGGUCUGCAGAUGUGUCUGGCAUCUUGGCUACGCCUAGUAACGUGCUAGUCACAUAUGGUACAGUGACAUAUCAUCUUCUAGUGAUAUGGUGUGCUGACCUUCAGGAAUAGUCAGGUCCAGGGUGGCUGAGGAAUUUUGGAAUACUGCUCGUCAAUGAAGUGGACUGAGUAUUUGAAAUAGGGUUAGUUCCUGAAAGGAACAUGUAUUCAUAGAAAUGUGAGUACGAAUCACUAUUUGUCACAGUUUAUUUCUGUUUACUCAUCUUAUUUUGCUGUUGAUUCAUACAAUUAAAGCUAUGAUGUUUUACCAAA